CGGGCUAGUGCGCGGUACGCGGCUGCGCGCAGACGGUCCGGUAGCCCCGGGAUGGGCAGUGAGCGCGGUAGUGGCGGCGGUAGAAGUUGAGGGGCUCGUUAAAGAUGGCGGAGCUGCGGGAGGGGGUGAAGUACACCAUGUCCCGCGAGCAGAGGGCUCCCCGUAUCUCGGUGCUGCCCAUCAGAAUGACCGAAUCCGCAAUGCGAGCGCUGGAGGAGUACCGGAGCGGCAAGGAUUGUGUUUCUUCUCAGCCUUCAAUUCAGUUUCAAGGAUCCCAAGGGCUUAUUAAAAUUCCCAAAGUUGAUCAGUCAAAUGAAAUGAAUACAUUUAACUUCGUAGUGUCAAAUAUUGGCAAAGAUAACUCUCAGGGAAGCUUUGACCUGUUCCAGCAAAAGGCCUCAGGUUCUGGACUCUCCCAACUCAGUUGCCUGGGAAGUAUACAGAAUAAAAUUACAGUAUGUGCAACAAGUGAUUCCCAUGUGAAGACCAGAGAGCGCAUGGCCCAGGUGGAAGCGGAGGCACGCAGUCGAAGUGCAAAGUUUAUUAAACCCGGUGGACCAUUUUUAGGAAGAAGACUACCAGUUAAAAGAGGACCAGAAGGCAUUCCAGAUUUUGUGCCUGUCAGGAAGAGAUCAACUCCCAUGAACCCUGCAUACAUGAUACGGAAAACUCGCACAGUAACUGCUGUUUCUCAGCGACCAUACAGGGACAGGGUGAUUCACUUACUGGCACUGAAGAAUUACAAGAAACCAGAGUUACUUGCUCGCUUGCAGAAAGAUGGUGUAAACCAAAAGGACAAGAAUUCCCUCGGAAUUAUCCUGCAGCAGGUAGCCAACCUGAACCCAAAGGAUAAUACUUUCUCUCUGAAGGGUUAUUUAUUUAAAGAAAUUCAGAAAGAUUGGCCUGGAUACAGUGAAAUAGAUAAACAGUCAUUGGAGUUAAUACUUUCUAGAAAAUUAAAUCCAUCUGAGAAUGCCACCAGCACCAGCAAUUCAGAGUCUUCUGUAACUUCUAACACAUCUGCUCCAUCAACUUCUCAGAAACCACUUUUGAGUUACAAAUUUUUUGAUCCUCUGAUAAAUGAGAUGCAGAGGGUAUCUCACCUGAACAGUCAAGUCCAGCCAGCAUUCAGUGGCCAUUUGCAGGCCUCCAGCGAGAAAGCCACUACUGCCCAUCCACUGCUUAUAACCCCUGCAGCCACCACUACUACUCCUCCUCAGCCACUGCCUCCUGCACUCCUUUCCACUUACAACCUUCCUCAGACCAUCAGCUCCAGCUCCCCCAGCACCUCUGAUGGUCGGGGGACAAACAACUUGCUGGUGGACAGCUUCAGCCAAAAUUACAGUAGCAUCUGUGAGAACCAGCAACAAAAAUACACCUCUCAGACUCCUUUGGGUACCCAAGCACCAGCUGUGGUGCGGGUGAAGUCUCUCAAGUCUGCAAGAGAGAAGUAUGCGAUUUGGUACCAAAAUCCUGAAAAAGUAAAAAAACAGAAGGACAAAAGCAAAAUGCAGGACACUGGGAGUGUGAGCAAGAAGGAGAAAGACAUUAGAAAAGAAGAAACUGUCAAGCUGGAAGAAUCCCUCUGUUUGGAUUCAGGAGUUCAAGAAACUCUUACUGCCUCCACAUAUCCUCCUUUCCCGACAACUGAGCAACCAGACUACUUAACGAAAUACACAACUAUCAUCUCAAAAGAGCAAUGCGAGAGUUACAAGGAAGACUUCUAUGCAGAGUAUGGUGAAUACAGGAUUUUGCAUGCUUGGAUAGAGAGUAUCACUAAGAGAUUCAUGAGGUUUGAUGAACAACAGAAACAUCUUCCUCCAGGGUCCAAAAAAUAUCAGGUACUUCAUGAAGAAGUUAUAGAAGAGUACCAGGCAUUAGCACAGUCUCAUCCCAGCUACCAUGAACAGAAGAGGAGAUGCGAGUAUCUCCACAGCAAGCUGUCUCACAUUAAGAGACUGAUUGUGGAAUUUGAUGAACUCAAGCCUAAUGAUGACAACUAGUCUUCUGCUUUGAUCAGGACAUGCGAAUGAACCAAAGCUUAUUUAUGUAAAAUCUAAGAUAGUUGUUCUAAGAUUCAAAAAAAUAGAAUCAAACUUCUGCAUUAAGCAAGUCUCACUAGUAGCAGACUUAAGUUAACUACUCUAGGCUUUAUUUGUUGUACCUAUAUGCGUAUAAUGAAGCUGCUUUUUCUGGUCCCUUCUUUUCUUCAAGAUUUAUGUUUGUUUAUUUUAAAUAAUUUUAUCAGUAGAUGCUGGGGAACCAGUACCUCUACUAUGAAGUUCUGCACAUUAUAAGAAAAUAUUGUAGCAAAUUGAAUUGUUUGGGGGCAAAUGUAAGGCUGGGUUCUGACCUUGUUGUUAAUGGAAACUCUUUGCCUUAAAGGGUGGAAGGUUUAGAAAUUUGCACAAAAUACUUUUAAAAAAGAAAUCACAUUGUUUUGGAGGGUUAAAGAAGCAUGUGUAUGUGCUGUAUAUGGCCCGUUUUGUUACAACAGAAACUCACCCCUGCAACUUAAACCCGCCUUUGCGGUGAUUGCCUUAACGUAUUUGAUUGGGUAUAUUUAGUGUAGCUAAAUUAUUAGCUACAUUGCUUUCCACUUUGUGGAAGCACUACAUGGCCUAUGUGUACAGUACUUGUGUCUGGAAGUGUAUCCUUCUACUCUUGUGUGUGUGCAAGAACGUGUGAAUGUGAGCAUGUGUGAUGAGAAAAAAAAAAAAGGCUGCUACUCUAAGUAGGCCAGAUGCUCAGGUUAAAACAACUGACAAGUGUUGCUAUAGGUUUUUCCUGUAAGAUUCCUACUUCUGUCAUAGAAGAUGAGAGCAUUCCAUUUCGAUAGUUUAUCAGCUUUAAUACUAUUGAGGAAGUUGAUAAUUUACAAAAAUGAAAGAGAUAUAUAGUUUUUGGGCAACAUUAUAAAAUUAAACAUGUAAGUUACCUAUUUAUAUACUAUUAUUUGGGGAUAAUAAUUAUAACUGAAUAAUCAUUAUUAUUCAAAAAAAUAUUUUUGAAGAGAGAUAUGCAAAGAAGCUAUUGCUACAUGAAAUAUAUUUUAAAGAUUUUUGUCCUGGAUACCAGGAAUAUAACAAAGAAUGGAUGUAUUUAACUAUAAAAUACUGUGAUCACCAAACAGCACAAACUUACAUUUCAUGCAGUUUUUUGGUUUAUUUUGAUGUAAAACCAUUGCUUGAUGUGAAACCAUUGCUUGAUGUAAAACCAUCGCGUACCUUAUCAUAUUACUUCAUGGGUUAUUUGGUCACAAUUGAGCAAAAUCUUUUGUGUUUUACUGUGUUUGUCUUUUCAAAAUGCUGCCAAUGGAAAAGCAAAGCAUUACAUGGGGAAAUCUGAUUUUGGACUUUUGUCAAAUUGCAAGUAUUGCUAACAGACUUUAUCUCCAGCAUUAAAAAAAAAGAAAAAAGCUGUUAUGUAUCGCUGUAAACAGGAAAAUGUUUUAUUGCCAGAAAACAUGUAUUCAGGUAAAUGAAAGCAAUGUAAUUUUUGCCUUAAAUUGUGAGUACAAAGAUGUUGUGAGUAGCAAGCAAAGUGGCUUGCCAGUGGUUUGUGUUACUUUCUUGAGACCAUGUUGACUUUAAGGACCCUUGUACUAGUAUAGUUGUUUUCAACUUCACGUUUCAAAUAGCAAAAUGAAGAGAAGACUUCUUGGUUCCUGUCUAGAGCUGCAUCCACCUGGGUUUAACGGCUGGAUGUUGUCCUGAGCAUGUACACACAGUUGUGUCCAGGAACUGUUAAAUUCAUGGCAGUUAUGCUGCAGCUCCACUGGGUGGUUUGCUUUCAACCUAGAAAUGAAGUGGCUGUUGAGGUUAAAACGUGCUGUUCAUGACACUGGGACACAUUUUGGGAGUUUGGUACUCCCGCGUGCCUGGAUCUGAUAUUGGCUGUUACAGGACAUGAUGAUACUGCUACAGCUGUUUCAAUGUGUUGUAAUCACUGCUACUACCAUCACUCUAUAACUGGGACUCAGGGCGAUUAAUUGAUUUUACUUCCCCCCUACCUUUUGCAUAGACCAGUAUUCACAUGAACAUUCUGAUUUAUAGGCUGCGUAUGUGUUGCAGUUGGAGGUUAGUGCUGCUUCAGAGGUCUGGUACUGCAUGUCAUCACCAGACCUGGCAAGCUACUGCAAAGGUCUUAAUUGAAGGUUUUGCUCGUUUGCACUGGGCAUUUCUGAAGCAUUGCAAGUACAUCCUGCAGCAUGUGUAUUGCGAAAUAGUGCUGUAAAUCUGCCUAGCAUUGAGUUGAGUGAAUGCUGGGAGCCUACAAAAGCGGGGCCUCUGACUGAACAAUUGCCUUUCCUGCAAAACUGGCCUGCUUACUCAGAAACAAACAUUGCCUAUUCUGGCAUCUUGGUUGGGGUUACACUACCACAAACCUGAAGCAAAUGAUUAAUGUAGAGGAGAGUCAAUUGUCCACAUCUUCUGUGUGAAAACUAUGAAUUUCACUACAUUUUAUAUAAAAAUUGCAUGGUUGAAAGGGAGUCAAUAGCCCUUUCCUUUAGGCUGAAAAAAAAACCACAGUUUAAGGAGGUUGGUUUCCAGUCUUGCUGGGACUUGAGGGAGAAGAACUGCACCAGAAGUCGUAUUUUCUUUUUAUUGUAGUUAUGCUCUACACUGUCAUUUGAAACAGCUCACUUGACUGCUUUUAACUCUGCACUCUACCUUGCCAUUUAUCAGACAAAAAAAAAAAAAAAAGUGAUAUUCAGGUAAUUUGGAAGGGUAAAACAUACAGGCAAGUGGUGGAGGCAGCCUGCUUCAAUAGGUUUCAAACAGAAAUUGGGUUAGUGUGUUGAUAUUGUAACUUCGCUUGUUUAUUGUGUUUUUAAAAACAGUAAUGCUACAAGCAGUUGUUCUAGAUAGUAAUUGUUGAUUCAUGCAAAGACCUAUGGCUACUUUAUAGUUCUCUUUAUAAUUUUACUGUCCUUUGUUUCUGUACCUGAUGGGGGAUGGAUGUGGCUAGCAAUUCCAUGACCACCUUUUUGGCAGGGAUAUGAAAUUGGUGAAGGGAGGACAAUAUUUGGGAACAUGAAGGCUUAAAACAAGGCUGUGAGUCUCCAUUUCUGACUUUGAGAAUAUUUUACAGCUUUUCAAAUUGUUUCCAUAUAAACUGUAUUAAGACUGUACGUGAAAUAUCUUGGGGUGUUUUGUUAAUGAAUACUUGAGCCAUUGUUGCCUAUUUGUUCCAUAUCAAUUGAAGUUCAGUAAAAUGUUAACUU